AUGGUCGACCAUGUGCUACUAAAGAAUGACGCAUAUAUCAUUUUUGUUAGUUAUUUGCUCGUGAUUUUGUCAGAUCACCUUUUCAAUUUGAAGUUUGCUUCAAAAGAGCUGCAGCGAAACUCGAAAAAAUGCGAAAAGGAAGAAAAAGCAGAGAAGACAAAAUUAACAAAUGCAAUAAAGAAAGGUAAUAUGGAAGUGGCGCAGGUGCACGCCGAAAAUGCAAUACGUAAAAAGAAUGAAGCACUAAAUUAUUUAAGAAUGUCGGCAAGGAUCGAUGCAGUAGCGGCACGUGUACAAACAGCUGCAACACAAAAACGUGUAACGCAAAGUAUGUCUGGUGUUGUGAAAGCGAUGGAAUCAGCUUUACGUUCAAUGAAUUUGGAAAAAGUGCAGAAUUUGAUGGAUCGGUUCGAGAAAGAUUUCGAAAAUUUGGACGUACAAUCUGCCACAAUGGAAGGGUCAAUGUCAGCCACAACAACGUUAAACGCCCCUCAAGCACAAGUUAAUGCCUUAAUCCAAGAAGCGGCAGAUAAGGCUGGUUUGGAAUUGAACAUGGAAAUGCCAUCAACAGCAUCAAUCGGUGGUAAAGUUUCAACAUCAACAGCAGAAAACGAUGAGCUAACACAACGUUUGGCAGCGUUACGACAAAAUUGA